CAUUUCAGCUCCAAGCUCAUGCUGAGGCCACAAACAUAUCAAUCACCCCUGCUGUGGACCACUUCUACAAAGAAGGGAUCCGUAUGCUCCACGAUCGCUGGACUAGCAGUGCUAUGGGAUCUGAGAGUCUGAGUCCGCUAGAGAAGUCUGGGCCCAGCGUGUGCAAAGCCUCAAGUCUGCUGAUUUCAGACUUCCAGCCGCCAAAGGACUCACACUUUGACUGGGUUGGCCCUCCGGAUAGAUUUUCAAACCUAAGAUCUGUGAAGUUUCACAUUCCAACGAAUGAAUCCAAGCUGGAAAGGCAACUGAGAAAAUUAAGAAUGGAUACGCAGAAUUGGAACCAGGAAUUUUGGUCAAAUCAGAAUAUAACUUUCAACAAGGAAAAAGAAGAGUUUAUACACUCACGCUUACGAGCAAAGGGAUUGGGAUUAAGAGAUGAAGAAGGGAGGAAAAACAAUUUAACUGCUGAAGAGAUGGCUGAUUUUUACAAGGAGUUUCUUGAUACAAAUUAUGAAAAACAUGUGAACUACAAUAAGGAAUGGUACAGACGUAAUUUUACUAUCACGUGGUUAAUGGGUCGAGCUGUAUUGCAAAAUGCUUGGAGAAGACUGAGACGGAGGAAGGAAAUCAGACAAUGAAGAUCCUGUACUAGAAGCUAAACAUUUUAGUGCUUGAAUUUAAUUGUUUUGUGAAAGUGCUUGGGUACUGGUGAUACUCUAAUGUUUCUCAGUGGAGGAUUCUUAAAAUACAAUUGUGAUCAAAGUAUAAUAAAACUUGUUAUAUGUUGUUUA